CUGAAGUGAAUCAAUGAAAUGAAGAAGUGAAUGAACGAAUGGCUGGUGAGUUGGUUGUUUGAGCCUCGUUCCCGCUUUCUUGGAAAUGACUGCUUGCUGCUGCUGCUGCUCGUCUUCCUUGAAUCCUGCUUGCUUGCCUGCUUGCUUGCUUGACUCUAACUGACUGACUGAUCCUUUCACACUCCACGCCUCUCGCUUGUUUUCCUCUCACACUCUCUUUCAUUCUCUCUCUUUGCCUUUUUUUCCUUCUUUCCCUUUUCUUCUUGUACAAACUUAUCUCAUUUGCGCGUGCGCGCUCUUUCAUUUACCCCUUCUUCCUGCUGGAACAUGCAAAUCCAGCUUUCCCUCGGCCCCGCCUCUUUCUCUACCCCGCCAUGAGCUCAUCUCUUGAGGCCAAGAUUGUGGUCCUCGGCGCCCAGGGCGUGGGCAAAACCUCCCUCGUCCAACGCUACGUCAAAAACGCCUUCGAUCCCGCCGGCACCGCCUCCACCGUCGGCGCCUCCUUUGUCACGAAACGCGUCCUCGACAGCGCCUCCGAUACCAUUGUUCGCCUCCAAAUCUGGGACACUGCUGGCCAGGAACGGUUCCGGAGCAUCUCGCGACUCUACUACCGCGGCGCCAACGCCUGCCUCCUCUGCUACGACAUCACCGACGAACAGAGCUUCCAAGAAAUGACCGGGUGGCUCCUCGAGCUCAAGAAGAACGUCUUCGAGGACGACCCCAUCGUGAUCCACGUGGUGGGGACGAAGUCCGACAUCGUGACCAUGGAACCCACGCGCCGCCGGGUUCCCUUCGAGCGCACCAUCGCCUACGUCGCCGAACAGCUCUACCCCACCCAAGCCUCGACCCCUCCUCCGUCCGCGGGAUACGGCCCCUCGUCCAGCACGCCCCAGGGCAUCGACAGCAAGCGCAGCAGCGGGUUCUGGGGCCAGGAUAUCGGAUGGGACUGCUGCCACGAGAUCAGCGCCAAGGACGGGGAGGGCAUCGAGGAGGUGUUCCGGGUGAUCACGAGGAAGCUGGUCGAGCAGCGCAACAAGCGCGAGGCCGGGCUGAGCCCGUCGCUGCUGUCGCCGUCCUCGCUCGAUGGGAUGCCCCCGGCCAGUCCGGCGAAUAUCGAUGGCAGCGGUAGCUUUCGCCUGGGGUAUGGCGACAAGCGGCGCAGUUGGCUUGGGUUUCCGCCCAGCAGCCAGGGAGAUGAGGUCGAUGUUCCGGUGGAGGUGGCCAGGAAGAAAGGGGGAUGCUGCUGAUCGCGCGCGUUCAUCGGUUCUCGUUUCCGGCUGUCAUCUACCUCUGCACGGCAUCUCCACAACUUAUGUCUUCCUGCCUCGCGCCAUCGCAUCCACUGCUCGGUCCCUGUAUGUUCUUUGCGUUGAGAGGACAUCGGUUGGGCGUUCGACCUGCAUUCGGCAUUUCUCUCCUCCAUUUUGCAUGAUUUGAUGACGAUGUAUACGACUUUUGAUUCUUCUGUUCUUCAUGCUGUGUUUGUACUUUUUUU